AUGGACUUUGCGAAUGAUUCACCAUUGGGACAAUUGUCAGCGUACUUUGAUACAGUUGUCUCCCAAUGCAACUUGGGUGAGUAUGUGAACAAGGUCUUCUCGGACUUGGGCCUGUUUCAGCAGGUGGUGGAGAAACUGAUCCUGGAACCGUACGACAACCCUUCGGACCGAAAACCAACCAUCACUUUGGUGCCAUCAAGUUCUCUCUCUGAAUUUUGGAUUGGCCUGAACUACUUUGACAUCACGCGUGGUGGCAAGAAUGGAUUCUACCCGCAGAACAGCCAGUUCGCCCUGCACUGGCGUGAGUUUUUGGGCGGCUACCGGCCCACAGAAUCUGUUGAAACGAAGUUCCCCUUUAGUGACAGCUCUCGUGCGCUCCGGGUGAACUCAAUUGGGUUCAUGGAUGGGCAAACCAAAGUACUCAUCAUGGUGUCCAUUCUUGCCAUGUGCCAUGAAUUGGAAUGGACUGAUGAACAGCUCAGUGAUCCUGCAGUGGUGCACAUGUUGAAAAGCUUCAGGUGGGUGCGAUGUUCCUUUACCUACUUCUCAAACCCUGCUCACCACCACCUCCAUAGUUUGAAAGUGGGCCACAUCACCGCAGAGAAACAGUCGCCAUCGGCAAUCCAAUUCUAUGCUGAUUUGAAGGAGGCAAUUGCACUUGAGCGUAGACUUCAACAAGGUAGCAAACCCUUGAAAGACAUUCUGUCCAAGAUGGUUGCAGACUACAACCGCAUGGUCACUGUCCGCUCCCACCGGAUUGACACAAAUCGCCGGAAUAUGGCAUACAAUCUGCUCAGAGCACCUCCGGAAUUCCAUCAGGUUGUUCAUGCCCAUUAUGAUGUGUACAAGCACAGUCAGUCAGGAAUCACAUUGGACAUCCUCGCCCUGGACUUUUGGGUCCCAGGCUCCUGUGCCAGAGCGGAUGCACCUCAGUACAAAGGCAAGGAGGUGUUCAGGGAGAUCCUGGAAGUGACUGAAGCUGUCAGCAUUUUGUAUGUGGAACGGGUGACCCAGGUAUUGGACUUGGCUGGCGCCAAAUACAAAUGUCAUUUUGUGAUUGGUUUUUGGGAAAACCCGAUGUUGGACAAUGAUCUGAGCUCAGUGAUGCGUGCUGGUGAGCCGUUUGAUUGGAAGAGGAUUAACUUCGUGUUGGAGGUGCGUGGGCAAACGGUGGAAUCAUUCAUCAGCCAGUCGCAAGACCGGCAGCGCAACGCUAUGCAGAAGUCGGUGCAGGCAGCAUUCCGAGCAUGGCAGGAGCAGCUGGCCUCUGACCAAGUUAUCUUUGAGCAGCAGCAGAUCAUGCUGGAGAAGUCCAAUGCAAAGACCCGUGCUAAACUGGUGCGCCAACUGGAGGAACAGCAUCACAAAGCAUGGAAGUGCGUCAAGGAGUACCUAUCCAGCACUCUCAGGCUUUUCCCAGGUAAAUCACCAGACGCUGUCAGCACCGUAAUGCCGGAGUUGAAUGGGUGGAUUGAAGAGACGCUGUCCGACAUCGCAGAGGUGCAAUCAGCGCUGGAUCACGGAGUGAUCUUAUGGGUCAAUUUGCCCAGUGUGGGUAUUUUGAGCGCUCACAGACUGGAUUGGGUCUUGACGUACUUGAGCAACACUUUGAACAAGUACAAGAAGAACGGGAUGGCAAUUGUGAUUCACGCAAACCGAGCGGGACAAGUUGGCGGGAAAGACCAAGAAGUCAAAAGUGAGGUGAAGGAUGAGGAUGAGAACACAGCGAAGAAGGAAGAGGACACUGAUGAUGAUGAUGAGGAUGAGGAUGCACCACUGGUCCAGGAUGCUGAUGUGCGCGAUGUACGCUAUCAGUUCGAGAAAAGCUUGAGUCUGAAAGAACGCAACCUUUUGGUACGCCCUCUGAGCUUCAUCUUUGACCCUGAAAGUGUGUAUGGAAAAAGGGAUGGUCUACUUCCUGCAUUGGCUGUGGUUAGCAAGGCGGACAAGAACAACCAGUUCGUUACCAGCAAAGCUUUCAAGAUGGGCUGCGUCCACGGCAUUCAAAUGCUGCCCAGGAACCAAAUGGUGAAGCAGAAUGCACCAUCUGAGCGCCCUCACCUGGGCCGUGCUAUGACAGACGUACAGGAGAUGCGGCAGGUGGCAGGUGGCACAGACUUGGUGCGGAAAGCUCUUUCUGCCCUAGCCCCACAAUCCAUGUCAACACUUGUACUGGUUGAUGUCUUGGCGAAUGAUGGUUGGCCAGCGCUGGCAGCAUUGGAAGAAAACACUUCCGGAUCCCGCUUGGUUUGUGGCUCAGUGGCUUUGGACACUUCAACGGAUGAGCUCAGCAAACGCCUGGCAAACUCGGUCUAUGACAAGUGCAGGGCUGGAUCACUAUCUCUGCAAGGAUUUCCAUCCUUUGACCCGUUGGUGCAGGCACUGCGCAAUGGUGUUUCUGAGACAAACCGCGCUGAGUAUCAAGUUUGCGCACCGGUUGGUGAUGGAAAGCUUGCAGUGUUGCAAUCCUAUGCGCAAAAGUUCUUGGACGACGAAAGCACCAGUCAAUCGGCAUCUGAUCUCAUCCAUGACCACAACAACAAGUUCAAUGUGGGCGGAGAGUUUCUGAGGGAAGAGCAAACUAGGAACCCGUCUGGUGGAACUCCUGCAGAAGAAGGGGUUGCCAUCAAAAAGAUCAAGGUUGAGACUGGGGACCAAUGUAGCGAGGCUGACAUCUCAGGCCUUCCCAAACCGUUGAAGAUCAACAUCAACAACACUGCGGAGCUUCUGACCUGUGGCGAUGGGAGCGCCAUUUACGUGACCAGCAAGGGCAAGAACGAUUUCGUGGCUCACCGCGAGCUUUUCAGCUUUGGAAGCGGUGAGUGGAGAGAGGCUGCUGAAGCCAGCGAAGUGACAGCCUGUGCGGAUGGACGUUGGUUCGCUUUCUCUGCCUCCCUAGAUUUGGUUUGCAUCCUGGAGAAGAAAACCGUGCCUGAACACCUGAUGGAACUUAGUGUUUUGGAUCGCCCCGUAUUCUUGCGCAAAAUCCUGGCAGAACUUGAAGAUCAUGGAGAGGUUGGAAUGAGGAUUUCCCAUCACACCAUGACCGCAGAAGAUCCCAAUCCAAAGCCUGAAAAGGCUUUGGUUUUUGUCUUGGAUGAAGUCAAGGAUGAGCCUGAGGGGCAGGGGCAGGAUGGCAAAUCCAAAAAGCGUAAACGGAAGUCCGCUGGGUUUCAACCAACGGCCAAAAACUUUGGUUCACGGAUUUCGAUCAACAAAGUAAAGUCAGCUUCAAAGAUCGUGAUUGGAUGGCGUUGCAGGCUUGAGUCCAUUGAUGCGGGGAAGAAGAUCACCCCGAUCCGUCCAGUAGCCUGUUUGGCAGGCUCCUUGAGCGUGGAGGAUAUGAAUAUCCGCCUGAUGUAG